AUGCUAAAAGAGGAAGAUAGAAGACACAACACAUACAUGUUUGAUUUAAAUAUACUCCACAAUAGAGUCAGACGUCUGCGAGACAUUUUUAGACCACAGGAUGACUUUCAAAGACUUGUUGAAAAAAUUAAAGAAAAUGAAAUAAACAUGCAGACUUAUUUAACGAAACUCACUGAAGGAAGUUUCAUUGAGCCAAAAGAAUUUAUUACUUGGGCUAAAGUGGUUAUGAGUAAGUAUGACUUGAAAAGAAGAAGAUGCACUUAUAGAAGGUACUUUAGAAAAUUAAAUUAUUAUUACCAUAAAGUGAUGCUCAACAGAGAUAUGGGGGUGUUUCCAAAAAAAUACCUCUCGAAUCAACUUUUCCUUGAUAUGGAAUAUUAUGAAAACAAAUUACUUGUGUUAAGUCAGUUGGUUGUAGAACUUAAUGGAAUGGAAAAUUAUUAUGCGAAUGGUGCAAUGCAAAUGAUGAAAAGUUUCAUUCAAGCUUUAAAGGAAGAAAGAGGGUCUUUGUUUGAUCGGAGGGUCUUUAAUUUAAGAAGAUAUGAUAUGAAAGGGAAAUUUACAGAAAGGGGUUCUCCAGAACACGAAAGUGAUUAA